UUGCUCCAGCACGUGCGGAUGGGGACGCGUCUGGCUACCCCAAUUAGGGGCAACCCUCAAGUCCGCUGGCUGUUUUUCCUGGUCGUCUGGUGCUUAGCGGAAUGGGUGUCCCCUAGCUUCACAGAUAAUGGCCCAUUUACCAUCCGCCAUGAAAAUACUGGCAAAUGCCUUAAAACUGCAAAUGGUUUGGUAGUAGCAGUAAACUGCAAGACCACCAGUGAUAUGCAGUGGAAGUGGGUAUCACAGCAUCGCCUCUUCCAUGUGGAAUCCCAGAUGUGCCUUGGAAUAGAUAUUGCCAAACCUAAAGAUUCCUUGAAAAUGUUCAGCUGUGAUUCAAAUGCCAUGUUAUGGUGGAAAUGUGAGUAUGGUUCUUUGUACAGUGCUUCCCAGUACAGACUGACUUUGAAGGAUGGACAAGUGACAGCAAAUGUAAAUUCAUCUGAUACUUGGAAGAAAGGAGACUCUGAUGAACACCUUUGUGACCAGCCUUACCACGAGAUAUAUACCCGGGAUGGGAACUCUUAUGGGAGGCCUUGUGAAUUUCCUUUCUUAAAUGAUGGUGUCUGGCAUCAUGAAUGCAUUACUGAUGGAAAUCAUAAUGGGACAUGGUGUGCUACAACUUUAAAUUAUCCAUAUGACCAGAAGUGGGGAAUUUGCUUAAAACCAGAGGUUGGCUGUGAAGAUGAUUGGGAAAAGAAUGAGCAAUUUGGAAGUUGCUACCAGCUUAAUACCCAGGCAGCUCUUACGUGGAAGGAAGCAUUUAUUUCAUGUCAAAAUCAAGGAGCAGACUUAGUAAGCAUCUCAAGUGCUGCUGAAUUAAUUCAUCUUAAAGAUAAAGAGGGAAUUCCAAAAAUGUUCUGGAUUGGUUUAAAUCAGCUAGAUUCUUCAAAAGGUUGGGAAUGGUCUGAUCACACCCCAUUAAAUUUUCUCAACUGGAAUCCAGAAAUUCCCAGUUCGCCUACAAUAGGUGGCUCAAGUUGUGUAAUAAUGAAUGCUGAGUCAGGCCAGUGGCACAGUUUUCCGUGUGAAGCUCUGUUCCCCUAUGUCUGCAAGAAGCAACUGAAUGAAACAUCAAAGUCACCAGAUGUUUGGACAUAUUUAGAGACCCACUGUGAUCCAGGCUGGCUGCCAAACAAUGGAUUUUGCUAUCUGCUGGUAAAUGAAAGUAGUUCCUGGGAUGAGGCAAAUGCAGAAUGCAUAUCCAACCACAGUAACCUAAUCAGCAUGCAUUCUUUAGCAGAUGUGGAGUUAGUUGUCAGAAAGCUCCAUGAAGGAGAAACCAAAGAAGAAAUAUGGACAGGUCUUAAGAAUAAUGAUACACCAGCUUUAUUUAAGUGGUCAGAUGGCACUGAAGUGACUCUUACUUACUGGGACCAAAAUGAACCAGAUAUUCCCUACAAUAAAACUCCUAACUGUGUUUGCUAUUCAGGAAAGUUAGGUCAUUGGAGAGUCCAGUCCUGUGAAAAGAAGCUCAAGUAUGUAUGCAAGAAAACAGGAAAGACUAUCAAUGAAACAAGACUGGAUAAGGACUGUCCUCAAGAAGAGGGCUGGGAAAGGCAUGGAGAAGCUUGUUAUAAGAUCUAUAAGGAGGAGGUCCUCUUUGGAACUCACUGCAACCUGACAAUAACUAGCAGAUUCGAGCAAGAAUUCUUAAACAGCAUGAUUAAAAAGUACAGCAAAGGUGGAGGGAAGUUCUUUUGGACUGGCUUGAGAGAUGAAGAUUCACGAGGAGAGUAUAAAUGGGCAAAUGUAAAUGGAACAAAGCCGGUUGUAACCUAUGUAAACUGGAAUUCUCUUGAGCCAGCUUCGCCAGGUGGAUGUGUGGCUCUUGCAAGUGGAAAUUCACUUGGAAAAUGGGAGGUCAAGGAUUGUAAAACCUUCAAGGCGCUUUCUAUUUGCAAGAAAAGAAUUGGGCCCCCAGAGCAAGAGGAAGCAGUUCCUAAACCUGAUGAUCCCUGUCCCAGCGGAUGGCACAGUUUACCAACAGGGCUUUCCUGCUAUAAGCUGUUUCACAAAGAGAGAGUCGCAAGAAAAAGAACUUGGGAAGAGGCUGAAAGAUUCUGCGAAGCACUUGGAGCACAUCUUCCAAGUUUCAACCAAAUGGAUGAGAUGACAGGAUUUCAUAAUUUUCUAAAGAGCCAGCUAAGUGACCAGCGUUGGAUAUGGGUAGGUUUAAAUAAAAGGAGUCCAGAUUUUCAAGGAUCUUGGCAAUGGAGCGACAGUACACCGGUAUCUACUGUGGUUGUAUCAAAUGAGUUUCAGGAAGAUUAUGAUGUCAGAGAUUGUGCUGCUUUCAAAGUCAGCCAAAUGCUUUGGAGAAGACGUUGGCAUUUGUAUGAAAACAGGGACUUGACUAUUUACUUAAGACCUUUCUCUUGUGAUAUAAAACUUGAAUGGGCAUGCCAGAUACCAAAAGGAUACACUCCGAAGACACCAGAGUGGUUCAAUCCUGAUCGAGCCGGAAUUCACGGGCCUCCAGUUGUUAUUGAAGGCUCUGAAUAUUGGUUUGUUCUUGAUACUCACUUGAACUAUGAAGAAGCAGCCCUAUAUUGUGCAAGUAAUCAAAGCUCUCUUGCUUCUCUGAAGUCUCUCACAGCCCUAAAUGCCAUCCGAGACAAAAUUGCGAAUCUGUCUAGUGACCAACAGAAGUGGUGGAUUAAAACUCUCGAUAGCCUAAGAAAUUAUCAUGAUAUGAGCUUUCAUGCAUGGCAUCGUUUUCCUAUGGUAUAUGAAAAGGAGUGCUGGUACGUCUCUUCCAAGAAUUGGUUUAGAGAUUUAAACAAGCCAGCAGACUGCAGAAUCAAGCUUCCUUUCAUAUGUGAAAAAAAUAACAUAUCUUCAUUAGAGAAAUAUACUCCACAACCAGCAUCUAAAGACCAAUGCUCUGGGGAAUGGAUUUCAUUUAAGGACAAGUGUUUUCUAAAGAUUAAGCCAAAGCUGUGUACAUUUUUUGAAGCUAAGGAAGCUUGUCAUACCUAUGGUGGUACCCUUCCUUCGGUCCUGAGCCAGAGUGAACAAGACUUUUUUACAUAUUUACUGCCCGACUUGGGAGAUAAGGUUUGGAUUGGUUUGCUCAGAAGCACUAUGACAAAGAUGAGCAGAUGGACUGAUAAUAACAAGGUGUUAUACAGUAACUUCCACACAUUGUUACAAGGACGGGAGCAAAGGAUACCAAUGGAUUAUUUUGAUGAAGAUGCAAACAGCCAUUGUGCUGUCAUGCUCAACCUUCAGAAUUCAGCUUUAACUGGGACAUGGAAUUUCACUUCCUGUAAAGAAAAACACAAUUUAUCUCUAUGUCAAAAAUAUUCAGAAAUUCAAGAUAAUCGUAUGUUGCCGAACACCUCUAGCAUUAUAAAGUAUCAAGAUUAUUCAUACAAAAUAAUCCUGAAAGCGAUGACUUGGUAUGAGGCCCUGACGGAGUGCCAAAAGGAGGCCAUGCAGUUAGUGAGCAUCACAAAUCCCUAUCAACAAGCUUUCCUUACUGUGCAGACUGUUCUUAGUAAUUCUUCAUUGUGGAUUGGACUCUCAAGCCAAGAUGAUGAACUCAACUAUGGCUGGUCAGAUGGAAAACAUUUCAGCUUUAGCCGCUGGUCUGAAAACAGUGCACAACUUGAAGACUGUGUAGUUUUGGACACUGAUGGUUUCUGGAAAGCUUCUGGCUGCAGAAGCAUCAAGCCGGGUGCUAUCUGUUAUACUUCAGGAAAUGAGACAGAAAAAGAAGCGAAGAAAGUUGACACUGUGAAAUGUCCGUCUCCUGUUCUCAAUACCCCCUGGAUACCAUUUCAAAAUAGUUGCUACAAUUUCAUGAUUGCCAAAAAUAGGUUCCUAGCAGUAACACAUGAUGAAGCACAACUUAAAUGUCAGAAACUAAAUCCAAAGGCACAUGCUCUGAGUAUUCGAGAUGAGAGAGAGAAUGACUUUGUUCGUGAACAGCUUCUGUACUUCAAUUAUAUGGCUUCAUGGGUAUUAUUGGGUAUAACUUAUGAUGAUGAUUCUUUAAAGUGGUGUGACAAGACUGCCUUGUCCUUUGUAAACUGGAAAACAGGAAGACCAACUAUAAAAAACAAGCAAUUUUAUGCUGGCUUGAACACUGAUGGCUUCUGGGAUAUCUACCUUUAUAAUAGUGUCAAAGAAGCUCUUUAUUUUCACCAACGCAGCAUUCUUGCUUGUAAAAUUGAAAUGGUUGACUACAAGGAAGAAUACAAUCGUACCCUGCCGCAAUUAAUUCCAUAUGAAGAUUCUAUAUAUAAUGUUGUUCAAAAAAAAUUCACAUGGUAUGAAGCCUUGAAAGAAUGUUCCCCAAAUGGGGGCUCUUUAACAAGUGUGCACGACAAAAACAGCCAGCUCUUUUUGGAGGAUCUUGCAAAACGCGAUGGAUUUCCAUUAUGGACUGGACUGUCAAGUCACGAUGGAAGUGACUCAGCUUUUGAGUGGUCUGAUGGAAGCACAUUUGACUACGUUCCAUGGAAGGAACAAAAUUCUACAGGAAAUUGUGUUGUCUUGGAUCCUAAAGGAGUUUGGAGGCAUGAAAAAUGCAACUCUGUUAUGGAUGGUGCUAUUUGUCGUAAGCCUAAAAAACCUAAACAGCAGCCUCUCCAAAAGUCUUCAUCACAGUGUCCAUCACCCAAAGGGACCCCAUGGAUUCCAUUUGGAGAUUCCUGUUAUACAUUUGACAAGGCAUUGCACAGUUUUUCUGAGGCAGAACAGCUAUGUCCAGAACUUGAUAGUGCAGCAACCAUUGUUACCAUAAAAAAUGAAGACGAGAAUAUGUUUGUGAGCCGAAUGAUAAGAGAACAUAAUUAUGUCACAAUGAGAGUUUGGCUUGGAUUAUCUCAGCAGUCUAAUGAUGAGCCUUGGAGUUGGUUGGAUGGUUCAGUAGCACAGUAUGUCAAAUGGGGAAAUGAAAGUACGAAUAUUGGUGAAAAUUGUAGCAUCUUGCUGGCCUCGAGUGAAAUGUGGACUAAAGUUAGAUGUGACCAAGGCCAUGGAAGAGUUGUCUGCAAAGUCCCUAUGGGAACAAACUACAGAGGAGUGGCUAUCACGUUUGCUGUCAUGACUUUCUUAGCUUUCGUUUGUGUACUGAUGUGGCGCCUCUACCAAAAGAAACGUUUUCACUGGGCUGGCUUCUCUUUGGUGCGCUUUGACCAUAGGAUGAAUGAAGAUGAGAUUAUGCUUCCAUCAUUCCAUGACUGAAUUAUUCUAAAAGCUUAUUGAUUUGCAGUUUGUUAAAGAAAAGUAGAUUUUCAAAUAUAUUUCCAGGAGCAUGGUGUCUAUUUCAUGUGGACCAAAUCUGAAGCCUUUAGGAACAUUUUAGGUCUCUAAACUGUGAUUGGUUGGUUUGGAUUUUUUUUUUAAUGUUCAUACAGUCACAUGCCAUUCUUUAUUAUUUUAAUUAUUAGGGGGGUAAGACUAGAAUGAAAAACUAAAUUGAAAAUAGGACAGUUUAAUGGGCAUUUGAGCUGACCAUGUUACAAUAUAGGAUACAGAAUACACAAGAAAAUGAAUGAAUGCUGUUGUGCUAGGUCAUGCAUCUCUAAUUGGUGGAAAAGCUGAAGGUAGAAGUCACACUGUAUUAGAGCAUUCUGCUUUGUGGACAAUAUAAUUUCCACAUUUGUGCAGUCAAACCAGUGUAUACUGAUUAGUACAACAAAGUAUAAUCAGGAAACAACCAAAUUUAAAUAUGAUCAGAGAUAUGUGGUUUUUUUCCUCCACCUUUAGCCAUUUGCUUCAGGGCUAAGAGGUAGAAGUUGAAGAGAGGGAGAAGAGGAAAGAGAGGGUAAGAUCUUUUCCUAAGGUGAAAUGUUGACUGACUCUUGCUUUGUAAAAGUGUCAAUUUUUGGCAAGCUGUUUUUUUUGUGCUACACAAUUUGAUGAUAACUAAGAUUCCUUUCAUCUCAAAAAUCCCUUUCUGAUUCAUAAUUUUGCUUAGAAUGACAUGGCUUCUAACCUUAGGAAGGCUUUGGUUGGUUCUUCAUUUCCUAAAGUAUGGGGGGGGACACUAACAGCAUUUAGUGUUCACCCCAUUACUGUGACAGUGUUUUUAUAUAAUUAUAUAUGUACUGAAGGUCAUUCUUUCCCAUUAAAGGGAACCAACUAAAGCAGCAACUGGAAAAUCAGACGUGAUAUACCUCACUGGGCUAAUUUUUGACUAAGACAAUUUUGACUGAGACUGCUUUUCUGCCCUUCCCCCCCCCAAAAAAAGAACUAAGGACAUCAAUGAACUAGCAUUUAUUAAGUGUGUCUAAUGUGUCGGGGCUGUGUUAAACAUUGGGUGUACCAAGAAAGGCGAAAGCAGUGUCUGCCCCUAGGGAGCUCCCAUUCAAAUUGGGGAGGAGGCAGCAGCAUGUAAAUAAGUAGGUAGUACAUAGAAGAUAACCUUAAAGGGGAAAUUAGAGUGAUGAAGAGAAUCAUAGAUGUAUCCUAUACCUGUGAACAUAGACUGAGAUUUAAAAUAUUACUACAAUUCCUAAUAUAAUAUUUAAUAUCAUGAUUUGUCAAAGAACAUUAAUUUUCUAUGGUUAGUGCUAUAACAUUUUAUAAUUUGGCAUCUAGUUCUAAUGAUGGCACCCUCUGGAAAUGCUAAUUUUGUAUAAAUGU